UUAAUAGUUUAAUAGGUGCUUCUCACAAUUACAGCGCCUUCAUCAGAUCUGGUUUUCUCUAUUAUUUACUAGGCGCAAAAGAUACGUAGUGGGAGAUAUCCUUGGGAGCAGAACGUAAUGGCUUCUUUGUUCAAGGAUUUAGCCAAGAUUUCAGCUUAUAGGGACAGAAGAUUUCCAGGAACGCAAGAAGAAUUUGAAGAUGCUUUGUUAAGGUCGAUAACUGUUUAUGUUGGGAACAUGUCUUUCUACACAACAGAGGAACAAGUAUAUGAGCUGUUCUCUCGUGCUGGAGAGAUUAAAAAGAUUGUGAUGGGAUUGGAUAAGAAUUCCAAAACUCCUUGUGGAUUCUGCUUUAUAAUGUACUACUCUAGAGACGACGCUGAAGACUCUGUCAAAUAUAUCAGUGGAACAAUUCUUGAUGAUCGCCCUAUUCGUGUUGAUUUUGAUUGGGGAUUUCAAGAAGGUAGGCAAUGGGGCCGUGGUAGGAGUGGUGGACAGGUACGCGAUGAAUAUCGUACUGACUAUGAUCCAGGUCGAGGUGGUUAUGGAAAAUUGGUCCAAAAGGAAUUGGAAGCACAAAGGCAGCUAGUGGAUUAUGGUACAGGAUCGUUGGGCGCAUACCCACCAGUUAUGCCGCCACCUCACUAUGGUAGACAUAAUGGUGGAAACCAUGGUCGUGGAGGCUCUUAUCGACAUGGUAGAGACUAUCAUCGCAAGCGACUCAGGGAAGAUGACCACCAUCGGCCAGAUUAUCCAAAGAGGACUUAUGACCGUGAAUCUAGGAGAAACUCUGAUCAUGAAUCCAGACCGGAAAAGAAUCCGCGUUUCCGUGAGAGUGGUGAUUCUGAUGAAGAGGAUGAUGAUGAUAGGAAGCGGCGUACCUAGUUGUUUUAUUUCUAGAUGUAGAUUGCUGCUGUGUGUUACUUUAAAAAAGAGUUGAAAACCUGCUCUUUUAUGGUCUCGUUAAAAAUGUUGUACAUUUAGGAAACGUAUUUGCACCAAGAAGUAACCGUUGCUUCUGACUCUUGUUUUACCUUCAUUUAUUAGGAUCUUCUGAUGGU